GGAGCCCAGUCCCCCUGCGGAUUGGGGGAGACAGUAACCGGCGGAGACUCUCUUUGUCUUGGAAUUUUAGAUGAAAUUGGGUCUCGGGGCUGGAAUUCCAAUCCCUGGCGCUUCAGGAACACUUUGAAAAGGGGGUCUUUCCAGGUGAUUAGAGGCGGGAUAUUCAGAGUGUAUGAUGGCAUCUCCCUGACCUGGGACGACGUCCUUUAAGGGCCACUGAGAACUGCACCUAUCAGGGCAGGGUACCCAUGACAUCACAAUGCCGGAGGGAGUCUCACAGGGAAGUAACAAGAGAGCAUGUAAAACAGCUGCCCCCAGACCCGCAUCUGUCAGUUCUCUCAGUGGAAUAGUUGCCGGGAUGUCUGGCAGCUGUACCUCCGUUAAUACAGUCUGCUCGGACAGUGACCGGCCCAUCAGCCUUAGCUCGUCAGCCUCUUCUGCCUCCCUCCAGGACAGUCAGAGCUCAUUUGGCAGCAGUGGUGCUCUGGGAUCUUCCCAAUACAACAACAGCCCAUAUACCCAUCAAAAUGGCAGCGACAUUAGUCUGGACCUCACCCCCAUGGCUCAGUUGGAAGAAGAUCCAGAAGGUCAAAUUGCAGAAAAACAUUUCACAAAUUACACAUGGUCCCCAAUUCUGAGGAAAGCAAAGGAUCCCAAGACUAAGCUGUCUCACAUGGACAGGGUUAUACUUGAAAUCUUGGAGACGGAGCAGACCUAUGUCCGGGACCUGAAAAGUAUCGUAGAGGACUACCUGGGCUGUAUCAUAGACUGUGGCCAUCUCCCUCUCAAACCUGAACAUGUCAGCACUUUAUUUUGCAAUAUUGAGGAUAUUUAUGAAUUUAACAGUGAGUUACUCGAGGAUCUUGAGAAUUGUGAUUCCGCCCCUGCAAUCGCAGAAUGUUUUGUCGUAAGGAGCGAAGAGUUCGAUAUAUACACCCUUUACUGCAUGAACUACCCCAGCUCGGUGUCUGUUCUGCGCGAGUGCAUGAAGUGCGAGGAGCUGGUUCAGUUCUUUAGAGAGCGUCAGACGGUUUUAGCACAUUCCCUCCCGCUAGAGACUUAUCUCCUGAAACCUGUGCAACGUAUUAUGAAAUACCACCUUCUCCUGCAGGAACUAGCCAAGCACUUUGAUAAAAAUGCACCAGGGUAUGAGGUGGUGGAGGAAGCAAUUAUCACCAUGACUGCAGUAGCCUGGUACAUCAAUGAUAUGAAGAGGAAGCAGGAACAUGCCGUCCGUCUGCAGGAAAUACAGAGGCAGCUGGUGAACUGGCAGGGCCCAGACCUGAGUGCAUUUGGGGAGCUGGUUCUGGAGGGAACGUUCCGUGUCCAGAGAGUAAAGAAGGAGAGGGCCUUCUUCUUGUUUAGCAAAAUGAUUCUCAUCGCCAAGAAACGAACAGACCUCUUUAUCUACAAGAUGCACAUCUUUUGUUGUAACUUGGUUCUUACGGAGCAUCUGAAAGACUCCCUGAGCUUUCGAGUGUCAGACCUGACCAUCCCCAAACACCAGCAACUAAUCCAGGCGAGGAAUCAGGAGGAGAAACGGCUAUGGAUUCAUUAUAUAAAGAGGCUGAUAGUGGAAAAUCACCCUGCAUCUAUUCCACAGAAGGCAAAACAAGUUCUACUCGAAAACGGCUUCCAGCAGUCCACAGACCUGCGACUCCCUCCAGACACGCUGAAGUCACCCUGGAUGGAUGACUUGUGGACCUUUCCCCGCGGCCGGAGACAGUCAGAGCCACCCCAGUUUAUGUACAGCCCACAGAGGACUAAGAAAACAUUUCCUCUCCUGAGUCUGAAUGGCAGUUCCCCACAUCGUCGUGGCCGCAGACUGUCUGAACCAGCAAAGGAAAUCCAUGAAACAUUGGAACACAGAGGUGCAGCGCCGCUGAAGCAUGCUGGCAGUGAGGGAGAACUCUUCCCAUCUUCUGGCUCCCUCAAGUCUUCUGACAGUGUGUGCACACUCGAGUCCACCAUCCUGGAAACUGAAGGAGAAGGCUUUGACAACAAUCUGGAGGAGUCCACCUUCUCCCUGACUGAAGAAGCACUAACAGGCAGCCUCUCCAUCACCGAGGAGAUCCUGGAGCUACUAAACCAGAGGGGACUAUGCACUGAGCCAAAGGAGGAGGAGGGAAGCAGCAAGGCGCCUCAGGAGCAGGACAGAGAGAAAGCAGGACAAGAAGAGGAACAGAACAUAAGUGAAGUUAGAAGCGAUGUAUCACAGGAACAUUUGACAGAAGAAAACAUCGUACAAUCCCCAUUUCAAGAGGAAAUUGAAGAUGCUUUCAGUGGGACUUCAGAAAAACGUUCCAUGGAACUCCCAACCAGCCAAGCACCUUUCAUUAGUGACCCCUCUGAAAAUGAGCAAAAGAAUAACAAUGAGUCUUUGUUACAUACACCGGAGCUACUUGAGCUGGAGGAGGUGAAAGACUCUACAUUUUGCAAAGCAGAACCACUCACACAAUCAGUAAUCCUGGAAACACUUUCACUAAUGUCUUCUAGUGAACAAGAGGACAAAGCACACGAGGACAGCCUCCACAGCACUGUCUGUGGAAGUCAAAACACAAUUGAAAGCCAAGAGACAGACAAACCCAAGCAAGCAUCAGAAAAGAGUGAAAGGGGCCAAAAAAACAAGAGAGACUCUACCUUGACCCAGGAUGACCGUCUGCUAAUUGAAAGAAUCAAAAAUUACUAUGACACUGCAGAGACAGGAGCAUCAUACCUGGGUAAAGACGAUGGUAUCUCCUAUAUUCCCACUGGGGUGGUGAAAGACUCUAUUUUAAGAUUCAAUUACAUCCUGCAGCAGGAGGUUAAGAAGGACAGAGAAAUGAGCCUAGGUGUGGGCAAUGGCUGUACAUUUGAGGGCAGACCGCUCAAAUGCCCAAAGAAAUCAUGGUCUCUUGAAGAUGGUGAGUGCCACCAGCCCCUGAUUCUCUCUACAAGGAGUAGUCCCAUAAAGCCCAUAGAGGCAGAUUCCGAGUACAAAUCCUGUGCAGAAAUCCGUAAAGCCUGGAAGGAAAAGGAGAAACCAAACACCCCAGAAAGCUGUGGAGUUCUGAAAAAAGGGAAGCAACGUAGGAAAGCACAGGAAGAGCGAGAUAAUGUGCUGGUUAUAUUGGAAGAGUCAGAUUUUGAAAUUGGAAACCAGGUGCUCAAGGAAAGCUGUGGAAAGGGAGAAGUGAAAAAAGAGCAGAAGAAACAUAGCGCAGAACUAAAGGUCACAAAAGAGGAUUAUUAUCAUGCAAUGGAGGACAGGACUGUGAGUGGUGACCUCGCUGACUCCAAAGUGUCCUUGUGUCCUUCAGGUAUAGGCAUGUAUGAGACAGAAGACAAUUGUCUGAUUGAGAACUCUGAAAAGAUAAUUAACAAGGUACAGCUAUUGGCCAAAAUGUACAGCGAGAAGAUCGGCAGACUUAAAACCCAGAAGAAACGUGGUGAUAAUAGGACAGGCACUCUAAAAAAGGCAAUUACCAGGAACCUCCCCCAGGUGCAGGAAGACAGACCAGGAGACAGGAACAUGGCAGAGCCCCAACAAUAUGGCCACCUACUGAUCCAUGAAACACUCCUGCACAUUAACUGCAUUCAAGAAAAUGGCCUUCUCCAAUCAGCACCUCGCCAAAGUUCCUCAGAUCUGACCAAAGAAGACAGGAAGACAAAGUUCCCCACAAUUGUCUGUUCUUCCUUAUGUGACCAUGACCUUCCAGCCGGGUCAGUAGGAGAUGAGUUUAUUAACUCCAAGACAAUGGAACCACUGAAUGAGUCGGUCAAAAUACCAAGAAGGGACACUGAGAAUCAACAGAGCUCAGCUUCUGAGUUCACAUCGGAUGAAAACCCACUAGUUUCUUGUGAGAAUUCUGCAUCUAGUUUGGAUCUUCUGCCAGCCCCCCCCUGUGAGAAUCAGACAUGCAAAGUUCCUGAACCUGAAAACUGUCCGUCUGAGGAAAGAGAAGACCUUGGAGCUGCACCUUGUUGCGAGAACGUUAAAGGAGAUGUGGCUCUUCUUCAUGUAUCUGUUGAAAGCAGACAUCAAGACACCCAACUCUGUCCAAACAGUGAUCUGUUGCCCGUCGAGGGCAUAUUCUGUGCGUCAUCGUUUGAAUGUCCAACAUCAGAUUCCACCAAUGUGGACAAUAUAACAGCUAAUGUAGUAGAGGGGAAUUUCAAUUCAGAUUUUACAGCAAACACAACAACCUUAACUUCUGUUUUGGAAGAUCCCUUUGGAAUUAAUAAUGCAGAGGAAGAUACAGAUAAAGCAUUCAGCGCAGAACUGGUGAUAGUAAAUAUUAGAAAUACAAAGGAAAUGUCUGACCCAUUAGAAAGGAAUACCCUGCAAGACUAUCCACCGAAUAUUGGUUCUUCUGUCACCUGCCCAGUCUCUGAAGAAAGUGGGACAACACCAAUGCCAACACAAAAACAUGUGGAAAAUGUUCCCUGCUCAAACUCUAAUGAUCGUUCUCUUCCCUCAUGGAAGGUACCUGAUGAUAUGAAGCCUAAAAAAAUUAGGGGCUGCUCUCACUCUGUGAUGGAGGUCAUGCAGCGACUGCAACUGGACUCUUCAUUUUCUGUCCUGGAGAAACAUAAAAACAGCCCAAAAAAACUGAAUGUGGCAACUCGCUCAUCCUCUUUCAAAAGCAAGACAACAGAGAGAGAAUUCCAGCAUCAGCCAACAUCCCAUCCCGACAAAAGAAAUGAAUCCACAGUGCAUCCCAAACUACUCGCCCCUUUUGCUUUGCAAAGGAAGCUGUCCAGUUCCAUGGCUUUAUCCAAGUAUCUCCCAGAGUCCUAUGUGGGUCAACGGCCUACAAAGUGGGGUCCCCUGACGUCAAGGAAUUCACACACAGAGCUCAAGGCUCCUUCAAAAAAAGAUGAAUUUCUGAAGCCCUCAAAUUGUGCCACUUGCCCAUCAGCUUUGUCAAAUUCAUCACAUGGGUCCCCAGAAAAUGGACACAACUCCAGGGUCCUGACAAGCAAAGUUAUGUGUAAUGUGAAAAAGGAGGAGGAACCUAAGGAAUGUGAUGUCAACAUGGCACAAACUUUAAGUGCAUGUAAAGGUGAUGAGGGCCUAGUUUUUGUGUCAUCCACUAGUCAGGAAAAGUGUUUGGGAGACAAGGAACACAAACCUUUGGGUGAUCCAGUCUGUUUGGCUCCAGGCAACUCCAUUGUCAUAGCCUUUCCUAGUCCUUCAUCAACAAAACCAGCUCCCACUUCCACUGUGUCUGAGCCAAAUUCGCGGGCCCAGUCUCCGCUGCCAGUACGCACCCGAGUGUGUUCACCUCCUCCCAGCCACUGUGGUACAGCUUCAAAGUCACCUCGAAUCCCUUCCUUCUCGAGUGCUAGAGCUUGCACAUUCACCCCUCUUUGUUUCAGCCACCUUGAAAGGUCAUCCUCGUCAUCUGCAAAUUCUACUCCAACAUGUUUAAGCCCCCCUGCCCUCCCCAGCUCUUGCUCUGAGCAGUAUGGAUUCCCGGGGCAUUCCAGAAGGCCCUGGAGAAACAGUAGCUAUAAUGGAGACGACGCAUCUUGCUCUCCCAGGAAUACACUGCAUUCACCAUGUUGGUCUGCAGAUGAAGAGAACCAUUCAGGGUUCACCCACCGAUCGCCUCCAUGCUUAAGUCAAGAGGUUCAUUCACAAACUAGUGGUUUUAGCUCCCAUGAGCUAACAAGCAUCCACUGGCCUGAUGUUAGUGAACUUCGCUCAAAAUAUGGACCUCUCAAAGCCCAGAGGUCCACCACCAAUCAAAAAAGAGCUGAUUUCAAAGCAAUAGCCUUGCUCAGGGCGCACAAGUCUCUGGGGGAAGAGCCAAUCCAGUGUCUCAAAAGGACAGGAUCUUUGGAUUCGGCAACUUCACAUCCCCUUCAAUUAGAGCCCCCUAAAAACAUGCCUGAUUGCAGCGUUGAAAAGUUGGAUUCAUCUGAAACGAGGGACAAAGCCUCCUUGAAGGCAAGUUAUUCUACCACUGUAAACAUACAAAUUGGUGGCAGCGGUCGAAUCUCAACUUUCAGCACUGCUCAGGUCAGUCUAACCCAUCCUCUGCUCCAUGCUCCAGAGUCCCAGGCUACAAGGAAGAUCAGCGCUAAAGGGGGCACAUUAGAGCCACAAACAAAACUGUGAUUUGGGGAGAACGUGUAACGAGGAAAUGGAGUUUCUUUGUUGCAAAGUUACAUUUUAUAAAAAAAAUACACAGAUGCAA